AUGGCAAAGGUCAAGAAACAGUCCAAGAGGCAAAAGCUGUCAAAGAAGUACAACAUACAAAAGAAGGUUCGGGAACAUCGGAGGAAAAUGCGGAAGGAGGCGAAGACUAAGGGAGGGCCUGUUCAGCUGCGGAUAGAUCCCCCUAUUCCAAACUCUUGUCCAUUUAAGGCCGACAUUAUCUCUAAUCUCCUGCGGCGCAAGCAGGAGAGGGAGGAGCGGUUGCUGCGGGAGCGAGAGGAAAGACUGCAGCAGCAGAAGAAGCAAGAAGAGGAGGCAGCAGCAGCAGAUGUAGCACUGCAAGCUGAUGGAUUCUCAGAUGCUAAGGCAAUGAAAGACCUUGCCGACAAGGCAGAAUCAGCUACGAUGGCGUUUGAAGCAGCAGCUGCUGCAGGCCCCUCUGAAGCUGAUCUAGCGUUGCAGUCGAUUGAAUCGUCCUUGUCGCUGAACAGCAAUAGCAAGCAACAACAUGUUGCUGCUCUGCACCGGCAGCAGCAGCAGCAGCUCCGGCAGCUGCUUGCAGCUUCAGAUAUCAUCAUACACGUCCUCGACGCAAGAUUGCCCCUGGCAUUUCGAUGCGCCGGUCUAGAGAGAUGGGCCCUUAGGGAGGGCAAAAAGGUCAUUCUUCUGUUGAACAAGGUGGAUUUGCUACCAGCUCCCGCUCUUGCAGCUUGGCUGCACCAGCUGCGACGCAGUUCCAUGUUCCCCGUGUUGGCUUUCAAAUGCAGCAGCAGCACUAGCAGCACUGCAGGGAAGCGGACAGGCAGGUGGUGUGCAGCGGAUCCUCUUCGCGCCUCUGAUAAACUUAAAAGGAGCAGCUCACAAGCACUUGGAGUGCAGCCACUGCUGAGGCUUCUGUCUUCUAUUGCUCACGCAGCGGCAAGGCCUUCCCGAACGGGCAAUGCUGCAGAAACGGCAACGACAGCAACUGCAGCAGGAGACACAAUGGCCGUUGAAGGGAACAACACGAACCCGACGAAAUCGAACCAGCCCUCGAGCGGCAGCAGCAACGGCAGAAGCAGGCACAUCAAGGCAUUCAUGACAGUUGGUGUUGUAGGAUAUCCCAAUGUGGGAAAAAGCUCUGUGGUGAACGCUCUGACGCGCAGUGUGUCCUCAGCUGGAGUUGCUGCGCUUCCGGGUAGCACUCGCCAGUUGAAAUUCGUAAAACUUGAUUCUCAUACGCAACUCAUUGAUUCUCCUGGAGUCCUCUUUGCUCCACCAGCUAAAGAGGAGGACACUGCGAGAAUCCUGCCGCACCCUCUCUCCUUGAUAGCCAUGCAGCAGCAGCAAUAUCAACAGCCAGAGAAGCAGCAGGAGAAACCGCUAGUGGCAUCUGCUUCCCUGUUGCUGCAGUCGCUUCUACCAGUCCCUCAAAUUCCGGAGCCAGAGGCCGUUGCUGAGGCCCUAAUCGCAAUUUCAAGCGUCAGUGCACUGCAGCGCCUAUACCAGCUCCCCUCCUUCACGACCCCAAGGGAAGCGCUUCAGGCGCUCGCACAACGAAGAGGCAAGCUUCUCAAGGGCGGAAUGCCAGAUCUUCAGGCCGCUGCGAAGAUGCUUCUGCAGGAAUGGCAGGAGGGCCGCGUGCCGUACUAUUCUUUGCCUUCGCGCUUCAAAGAGGAGCCCGUUCGCCUUCUAAGUGUCAAUGGGGUGGAGGACGAGGCCGUCGUUGCACUGCAUCAGGAACUUCUGGAUAAGCAGCUGGUCUCACUUGGACUUUCGCCAGAAGAGACAGCAACAGCAGCCGCAAGCCAGCAGGCGGAUGGCGUACCUGAGGUUUCCCACACUUCUUUUUCAGUGCAUGGCGCUAUGGGUUUUGAGAGGAUGGAGCAUGUGGCUCUUCGGCAGAAGCAGCGCAAGGAAGACAAGGUGCUUGAGGAGCAGUGCGAAAUGGCCUGA